AUCAGGCGCAAUGAGAUGUGCGAACGCGUUGACUCGCUGCACGAAUGCAUAAAGGGGGAUGCUGUUGGAGGGUAAAAAUCAAACGAUAAUCGACGAUAAUUUCAAAUGGAAGGACAUACCUUGAACCUUGUGCGCUUAAUAGUUUUGACACUGCUGCUUACCCCAACCAUGCAGCACCAAGUUAAUACCCAUGAAGCAGAUCCACCAUCCUGUUUUUGUGAAACUACCGUUAGUCGCGUUAAUGAAGAUUCAACAACUUCAAUAACUAGUGGCGAAACCUACCAUCAGGAGUCUAAAAACACCAAACUUCCCAGACUGAUUCAUUCGAAAACUAUUGAUGAUAAUUAUCCUGAAUGUAUCGAUGGCUCAAACCAAAAAACCGACCCGGCAUCUGAAUUCUCCAAAGUUUUACUUAAUGUCCAGGGUAGUUCCGAUACAAACAUGACAACUAUUAUGGAAAACCAUUUACGAAGGACUGCCUCUACAGCAGAUGAGAUUAUUAUAGUUGGCAAAAUUUAUAACUUUGCAGCUGCUGAAACCGUCAAAGCGGGGGAGAAGUCGGACAGUAGCCAGCAGGGCGAAGUCUACCGUCUUCAAGGCAAACUGGACACGGCCCUGGUCGAGCAGGAGAGACUGCGCAGCGAGAGCGACAAGACCGAGCUCCUGGCGUCCAGGUUCCGCGAGGAUAUCCGCAAAGCGAAUGAUGAGCUGCAGAACGUCAGGAAGAGCCAGCUGGACAGGGCCCAGCUGCAGCUCUCCAAGUCCGAGGAACACGAGAAGAAGCUCGAGGUGGAGCUGGAGGUGCUACAGGAGCGAAAGGAGAAGAGCUGGAGCGAGAGAUAUGAAGCCUCAAUCGAGAGCGAUCGAACCUUGAUCUCGGAGAUGUACGAACGGCACCGGGUGGAGCUGGGCCGUGUCCGGUCAGAACGCCAGCGCUACCAGACCGAGUACUUACAUUUACAAAAGGAAGAAAUGGACCGGUUGGCCGCCCGCAUCGUCAAGUACCAGCAGGAUCGGCACGAGUGGACCAAGGAGGAGCAGGACAAGUUGGACAUGAAACGGCGGAUCGCUCUGAUGACCAAGACCAGCAGCGACCAGCAGGAACGCUGCCAAAUAGAAAUUAACCGACUUCGCUGUGAAAACGAGAAAAUCAAGAACAAGUUGAACAGCUCGCAGACGGAAGUGGUGCGGAUAACGCAGAAGCUGGAACGGGAGGAGCAGGACAAGGAAAAACUCAAAGUCAAGUUCCAGGAGAGCAGCCAGGCUUCCCAGAAAGAGUUGGAUCGAUUGGUGGAGGAGCGCGAGAAGUUGGCCAAGGAGAUCCUGACGACCAAGACGGAAAACGAGCGAUUGCGUAAAGAGCUCGAGUCCAGCCAGCAAGGAGCCAAAGAGGAGGUGAUCAAGUUGCAGAACAUAAUCGUUUCUAUGCAAAACGAGCUGGACCGGCUCAACGUCGAGUGGGAGAAAAAGCUCUCGGCCUACAUUAUGUCGCAUGGUAAAGAAGCAGCAGUUAGAGAUUAAUUGAAUGGCGGCCCGCUAUUCGUUACUUUCUCUUGAAAUAGAACAUUGACUUAAUGCUAAAUGUG